ACACUAGUUCUUAUUAAAAUAUCAUUCACAUUCUAAUAAUAAGCUCACCACUUCUAGAUACUUGGCUCCGGAAUAUGCUUCUUCUGGGAAACUUACACACAAGUCUGAUGUUUUCUCAUUCGGAGUCGUGCUUCUAGAGUUAAUUACUGGACGCCGACCUGUUAACUCAUCUCAAUCUUACGCAGAUGAUAGCUUGGUAGACUGGGCGCGGCCCUUGCUCACACAAGCUUUGGAAGAUGGAAACUUUGAUACGCUUGUUGAUCCACAGUUGCAAAGGGAUUACAGACCCAACGAGAUGGCUCGUAUGGUUGCUUGUGCUGCUGCUUGUGUGCGUCAUUCAGCACGGUGUCGACCACAAAUGAGCCAAGUAGUGCGGGCCUUCGAAGGAGGCGUAUCUUUGUCUGAUCUUAACGAAGGAAUCAAACCCGGACACAACACAGUCUACAGUUCUCGUGGCAUCUCAGACUAUGACACUAGCCAAUACAAUGAGGACAUGAAAAAAUUUAGGAAGAUGGUUUUGGGAACCAGAGAGGAUGGAAGCAACGAGAACAGUGCACUAACUAACGAAUAUGGAUUGUAUCCAUCUAGUUCGAGCAGCGGAGGCCAACAAACCACUCGAGAAAUGGAGAUGGGAAAGAUGUGUGGGAGAUAAUUUCGAUAAUAAUCAAUUAAAGCAAAUAAAAAAAAUAAAGUAAACAACAAAAUUAAACCUUAUAGUAAUUCUAUAGAUAGUUUAUGAACAAAUUUGUGAUUGAGACUAGUGUAUGAACACUGUGUCUUUAAGACAUAAUUUCAUCUUC